UUAAUUAGUGGUCAACAACCGGCUGUCAACUGGGGCCUGUAGGCGAAAAUUCAUGUAUAAAAACUGACCGGGUGCAAUGCAGUGACAUAGUCGAGCUUGAACAAGCAAAUCAACUACAAUGGCAGCUAAAUUCUUUGUCGUCCUCUCCCUGGCCGUGGCCGCCUCCGCUGUCCCCCUGGCUCCUCUCGCCAAGGUGGUCUACGCCGAGCCUGAAGCCCCAGCCUACUACGACUUCGAGUACUCCGUCCACGACGACCACACCGGUGACGUCAAGCAGCAGAAGGAGAGCCGCGCCGGCGACGCCGUCCAUGGCUCAUACUCCCUGGUUCAGCCUGACGGAGUCCAACGUAUUGUAGAGUACACUUCCGACAAGGAACACGGAUUCAACGCCAUCGUCCGCUACGAAGGCCAGCCCCACCCUGCCCCCGUUGCCAAGCUGGCGUAUGCUGCCCCAGUCGCCAAAGUCGCCUACGCUCCCGCCCCAGUCCACUACGCCGCUCCCGUCGCCAAGGUAGCCUACGCCGCUCCCGUCGCCAAGGUAGCCUACGCCGCGCCCGUAGCUAAAGUAGCCUACGCGCCCGCACCCAUCCAAUACGCCGCUCCCGUUGCAAAAGUAGCCUACGCCGCUCCCGUCGCCAAAGUAGCCUACGCUGCUCCCGUCGCCAAAGUAGCCUACGCCGCUCCCCUCGCCCAAGUCACAUUCUCCUCCCCCGCCGUAUCCUACCACCACUAGAUAGUACUUAUUUGAGGCUAUUAAUUUAUUAUGACUAGAACUUAUUAAAUUAUUCAUUUCACUGUUUA